AUUUUGAAUCUCAAAAGAUCAUGUAGUCAGGCAGAGACUGUUGCACCCUGACAAUAUGGAGCAUCUUACAUUCCCGGGCGACAGCUGCUUCACCUCUUCCGAGGCUGAAAAGCUCAAGCAAAGAAUCAAUAGACUGGGAACGCAAGUCCGUGAAGUCCAAGGAAUUGGGAUGCACUACACGCACUUGAAGAACCCCGGAAACGAUGCAAUUAAGGCCAAAAUUACCCAGCUUAUUCCAGGAACCGCGGAUGCCAAAAUUCUAGAGAAGCAGCCAGGAAGCUUAUCUGAGAUUUACUAUAUUACACCUCGGAACAUCUCACCAUGGAGCUCCAAAGCCACGAGCAUUGCUCAUGUAUGUGGCCUCAAAACCGAGGUGGAGCGCAUUGAGAGAGGUCGCGCUAUCUUGGUUACCUUCGUCGAGCCAUUCGAAAGCGACGAUAUUCCUUUCAGAGAUGUUCUCUACGAUCGAAUGACAGAGAAAAUCAGCACGACUGAGCCAGAUCUCCAUCAGAUGUUUGCUGAAGGCCAACCAUUUCCUUUGGAGGUCAUCGACCUGUCAGCUGACGGAGCCGAAGCUCUUGAGGUACUGAAGGCGUACAACAAAAAGCGAGGACUUGCUCUCGAUCAACUUGAGAUGGAGUAUCUAGUCCAAGCAUAUAAGCAGGUUGGGAGAUCUCCUUACGAUAUUGAACUUUUUAUGUUUGCACAAGUCAACUCGGAGCAUUGUCGACAUAAGCAAUUCAAUGCCAACUGGACUAUCGAUGGGAUAGGUAUGGGCAAGAGUCUUUUCGAGAUGAUUCGGAAUACCCACAAUGAGAAUCCGAAGUACACUGUGUCGGCGUACAGCGACAAUGCAGCUGUGUUAGAAGGAGAGGUGGCAAGCUUCUGGGCACCUGAUUACUCUACCGGAAGUUGGAGACAGACAAAGGAGAAAGUGCACUUUCUUGCUAAGGUCGAGACUCACAAUCACCCGACGGCUAUUUCUCCCUUCCCUGGAGCAGCAACUGGUUCGGGAGGUGAGAUUAGAGACGAGGGAGCAGUUGGUCGAGGAUCUACUCCGAAAGCAGGACUUUGUGGCUUUUGGGUGUCAGACCUAUUGAUCCCAGACCACAAAGAACCUUGGGAAAUGGAUUUCGGCAAGCCAGCACAUUAUGCCAGCAGUCUGGAUAUCAUGCUCGAAGCGCCAAUAGGUAGUGCGCGGUUCAAUAAUGAAUUCGGUCGCCCGUGUCUUACGGGGUGCUUUCGUACUUUGUUGGCUGAUGUCGAUACUGCUGACGGUCACGAUAUACGUGGGUAUCACAAGCCAAUCAUGAUCGCAGGAGGCGUUGGUACAGUUCGUCCUCAACAUGCUCUCAAGGAUGGACGAGAUGUCAAGGAAGGUGCUCAUGUGAUUGUCCUCGGUGGUCCAGCAAUGCUCAUUGGUCUUGGCGGAGGCGCUGCAUCGAGUAACGCAUCAGGUGAGGGUUCAGUGGAACUAGACUUCGACAGUGUCCAACGUGGAAAUCCUGAGAUGGAACGCAGAGCCCAGAUGGUCAUCAACGCAUGUGUGGCUUUGGGAGAGAACAAUCCGAUUGCCUUUAUCCAUGAUGUAGGUGCUGGAGGACUUUCCAACGCACUUCCUGAACUUGUUAAGGAUGCUGGAUACGGUGGGCAUUUUGAGCUGCGACAAGUCGAGAAUGCUGAUAGAAGCAUGAGCCCUCUGCAAAUUUGGUGUUGUGAAGCCCAAGAGCGAUACGUUAUGAUUGUCAACCAGGAUGGUCUCAACAGAUUCGUUAGCAUUUGCAACCGAGAACGAUGUGGAUUUUCUGAUGUUGGCACUGUUCUGGCGAAGGAUCAAAAUGGUGUCGCGAGGUUGAUUGUCACUGAUCGAGAGUCUACCCAAUAUCCUCGACCGAUCGACGUCCCGAUGUCAACACUCUUCCCUAAAGACAGGCGACUUGAUCGCAUAGUCAAGUCAAGGAAACCUGUUCUGAAGGCUUUCGACGCCCGAAAAUGUCUUGUCGAGAACUACCCUCAGAUUCCUGAGCAUGAUCUGUUGAAGAAGGCCAUAGAACGUGUCUUCAAACUUCCCGCAGUCGGCUCCAAAUCGUUCUUGAUCACCAUCAGCGAUCGGACUGUUGGCGGUAUGACCGUCAGGGAUCAAAUGGUCGGGCCAUGGCAAACUCCUGUUGCUGAUGUUGCAGUUACUGCUACCGCUUUGAAUAUUGGUGACAAGAUCAAGAGUGGUGAAGCUAUGAGUAUGGGCGAGAAAUCCACACUUGCACUCAUCUCCCCCGGUGCUUCUGCAAGAAUGGCCGUAGUAGAAAGUUUGUUGAAUCUUGCUGCAGCACAUAUCCUUCGCGCAAAGGAAGGAGAUCUUGCACGAGUCCGCUUGUCCGCAAAUUGGAUGGCUGCGGUCAACCACCCUGGUGAAGGUGCCGCUCUUUACGAAGCAGUUCAUGCUAUCGGUAUGGACCUGUGUCCCAAACUUGGUAUUAGCAUUCCCGUUGGCAAAGAUUCAACAUCCAUGAAAGCGUCAUGGAAGGAUCAACAAAGUGGCGAAGCCAAGAGUGUCACCGCACCUAUGACUGUCGUUAUUUCCGUAUUUGCUCCUGUUGCAAAUAUCAGAAACACUUGGACGCCUGCUCUACGGAGAACCGAGGAUGUCGGAGAGACCAUUCUCAUGUACGUUGAUCUUGCACAAGGUCACAAAGCAUUAGGUGGAUCUGCAUUGGCACAAACUUUUGGUCAACUCGGAAACCAAGCUCCAGAUGUUAGAGAUCCAGAUUUGAUUCUCGAUUAUUUCGAUGCUAUUUCACAGAUGCACGAGUCUGAUGUUGUACUUGCUUACCACGAUAUCUCAGACGGAGGAAUGAUUACCACCCUCGCAGAGAUGAUGUUCGCAGGUCGAUGCGGAGCUGAAAUCAUGAUUGAUAACUUCACAAAGAGCUCUGCUCUUCCAGAUGUACUGGAUACUCUCUUCAACGAAGAGCUUGGUGCCAUCUUCCAAGUCAGGAAAUCAGACGAGAUCAGAUUCAUCAGCUGUUUUUCAACUUGUGGUCCACCAAAGGGUCUGGUCAGAAAGAUUGGGCGAGUUUCUCAAUCGUCGAAGCAACAGUUGUCCAUUCGUUAUGGCCAGACUUCCAUUUUGCGUAUGGAACGCGCCGAGCUACAACAAUUAUGGUCAACCACUUCCUACCAGAUGCAGCGCAUUCGUGACAACAUCGAGUGUGCAGACGCUGAAUACGAAAAUAUUAAAGAUGACCAUGACCCUGGCCUCCACUACAAACUAACAUUCGAUCCCAAAGAGUCCAUCCUCCCCCUCACAUCCUCAAUCACCUCCGUCUUCGCCAAAGCACCUCGCGUGGCAAUUCUCCGAGAGCAAGGAGUCAACGGCCACGCCGAGAUGGCCUUCGCUUUCAAAGCCGCUGGCUUCGACCCCAUCGACGUCCACAUGACGGAUAUCAUCUCUGGCCGCUCUCUCGCAGACUUCGUCGGCAUUGCAGCCUGCGGCGGCUUUUCAUACGGUGACGUCCUAGGCGCCGGUCAAGGCUGGGCGAAAUCCAUCCUCAUGCACGAAGAGAACGCUCGCCCCGAAUUCCAACGCUUCUUCGCGCGUCCAGAUACCUUUGCUCUGGGAGUUUGCAAUGGUUGUCAAAUGCUAACCAGGAUCGCGGAACUCAUUCCAGGGACUUCGCAUUGGCCGCUCUUCUUGGAGAAUAAGAGCGAGCAGUUCGAGGCUAGAGUAUCCAUGGUCAAGAUCCAAGAUAACUCCAAAUCCCCCUCGGUGUUCUUGCACGGUAUGAAUGGGUCUUCACUCCCUAUCGCAGUCUCGCACGGAGAAGGGCGGGCUUCGUUCAGACAUCAAACCCACAUCGAGGCUAUGAACGCCGAUGGCUUGAUCCCGAUCCGCUACACAGACAACAGGGGAAGCGUCACGACGAGAUAUCCAUUCAACGCCAACGGUAGCCCGGAAGGUAUCGCUGGUGUGCGAAGUCUUGAUGGGAGAGUGCUGGCUAUGAUGCCUCAUCCGGAAAGGACGAUCAUGGUUGAUGUUGGGAGCUAUGUGCCGAAGGAGAAGGUAGAGCAGUGGGGUGAGUUUGGGCCGUGGGUUAGGAUGUUUAGGAGUGCUAGACGCUGGGUUGGCUGAACUUUGAUAUUCGGCCUUUGUAUUUUGAUUAGAUUUCCAUACUUGGGCUGGGUGUUGUUGAGAGAGUGGACAAUUGAUUAUUGCAUCAAAG